CUCAUGAGAAUGAUAAGUAGAAGAAGUAUAUCUUCUUCUUCUCUCAUCUUCAAGUUCGUUUUCUUUUCUAGCCUUUUCUCUAGUUUGCUCGCAUCUAGCUUGGAUUCUGACAAUGAUGGUCGAAAGAUUUAUAUUGUGUACAUGGGGAACAAGCUGGAGGAUUCAGCUUCCACUCCUUCACAUCACAUGAGAAUGUUGGAAGAAGUGGUUGGCAGCUCAUUUGCUCCAGAAGCUCUACUCCACAGCUACAAGAGAAGUUUCAAUGGAUUUGUGGUAAAGCUCACUGAAGAAGAAGCUCAAAAGAUUUCUGCCAAGGAAAACGUUGUGUCUGUGUUUCCAAAUGAAAAGAAACAUCUUCAUACCACAAGAUCAUGGGAUUUCAUGGGUUUUACACAAAAAGCUCCUCGUGUAAAACAAGUUGAAAGCAACAUUGUUGUUGGAGUUUUGGACUCUGGAAUUUGGCCAGAAUCUCCUAGCUUUAGUGAUGUUGGUUAUGGCCCUCCACCCCCUAAAUGGAAGGGCGCUUGCCAAACCUCUGCUAACUUUCAUUGCAACAGAAAAAUCAUUGGAGCUCGAGCAUAUCGGAGCGACAAAUUCUUUCCUCCUGAAGACAUUAAAAGUCCAAGAGAUUCAGACGGUCAUGGGACACACACCGCAUCGACAGUGGCCGGAGGUCUCGUGAAUCAAGCGAGUUUGUACGGUCUUGCACUCGGCACAGCCAGAGGAGGGGUUCCCUCUGCACGCAUUGCAGUGUACAAGAUAUGUUGGUCCGAUGGGUGUUACGAUGCCGACAUUCUAGCGGCAUUCGACGAUGCAAUCGCGGACGGUGUCGAUAUCAUAUCUCUUUCAGUUGGAGGGAGCAAACCCAAAUAUUACUUCAAUGAUUCAAUUGCCAUUGGAGCUUUCCACUCGAUGAAGCAUGGAAUAUUGACCUCCAACUCUGCUGGAAAUGAUGGCCCUGACUAUUUCACUAUUAGAAAUUUCUCUCCAUGGUCUCUUUCUGUGGCUGCAAGCUCCAUUGAUAGAAAGUUGGUGUCAAGAGUGCAGCUUGGCAACAAGAAUACUUUUCAGGGAUAUACAAUUAACACAUUUGAUCUUAAAGGAAAACAACAUCCCCUCAUUUAUGCUGGAAGUGCUCCCAAUAUCUCUGCAGGAUUCACUGGCUCUAGCUCCAGAUUUUGCUCCAGAAAUUCAGUGGAUCGCAACUUGGUGAAGGGAAAAAUCGUUCUUUGUGACUCUGUAUUGUCUCCUGCAACGUUUGUUUCCUUGAAUGGCGCAGUGGGUGUUGUUAUGAAUGAUCUUGGAGUGAAGGAUAAUGCAAGAUCCUAUCCCUUGCCUUCCUCCUACCUCGACCCGGUCGACGGGGACAACAUCAAAACCUACAUGGAUCGAACCAGAUUCCCAACUGCAACCAUUUUGAAGAGUAAUGCAGUGAAUGAUACGUCUGCUCCUUGGAUUGUUUCUUUCUCCUCUAGAGGACCCAAUCCGGAAACCUACGACAUUCUCAAGCCGGAUUUGACUGCCCCAGGAGUUGAAAUUCUUGCAGCAUGGUCUCCAAUUGCAACGGUUUCCAGCGGUGUUAGAGAUUCGAGGACGACGCUCUAUAAUAUAAUUUCAGGGACGUCUAUGUCUUGCCCGCAUGCCACUGCAGCUGCUGUGUAUGUAAAAACAUUCCAUCCCACAUGGUCUCCUGCUGCCAUCAAAUCAGCUCUUAUGACAACUGCUACUCCACUGAAUGCCAAACUCAAUACCCAAGUAGAGUUUGCAUAUGGUGCAGGCCAUAUCAACCCACUCAGGGCAGUACAUCCAGGGUUAUUGUACGACGCAUAUGAAAGCGACUAUGUUAGAUUCUUGUGUGGCCAAGGUUACACCACCGCCAUGGUUCGCCGCCUCUCGGGUGACAACAGUGUUUGUACUCGUGCCAACUCCGGUCGAGUUUGGGAUCUAAACUAUCCGUCUUUUGCUCUUUCUUCCACCAGUUCACAAUCCUUCAACCAAUUUUUCAGAAGAACUGUCACAAACGUUGGAUCGAAAGUUUCGACAUAUAGAGCUAAGGUUGUUGGCGUCCCCCGCGGGCUUUCAAUCACCGUGAACCCUCCAGUUCUGUCAUUCAAUGCCAUUGGACAGAAGAAAUCUUUUACGUUGACAAUUCGCGGAUCCAUCAGCCAAUCUAUAGUCUCUGCUUCUUUGGUGUGGAGUGAUGGUCAUCAUAAUGUGAGAAGCCCAAUCACAGUAUUUGUUGUUGGUACAGCUUAAAUUUUGUUUGUAUUUUUAAUUCAAAGUUUGAAACUUUGUGUGUCAUUCUUUACACGUUGGAAAGGUGAAGAGAAUAAGAAUUUGUAACUUAAACUUACUUUGCAAAUCGUAACUUUUGGUUUUCCUAUCCUUGUAUAAGUUAAUUAUUUAUUAUAUUAUAUUAUUUGUUACUGCA